CUCAAAAGCAGAAGUACAUUCUCCUUGCUGGAGGCUGUUCUUUCUAUGGGUUACCCAGAACACAUCGCGCGGAAAGCUUUAGCUGCCACUGGAGGAAGAAGCGCACAAGAGGCUGCUGAUUGGAUAUUCGCUCACCGUAAUGAUCCCACUUUAGAAGAUCUCAUCCCGCAAGAGUAUGUUCUGUACCUGUGUCCGUCAGGUCCACUCUGGGACAAGCUAAUGGCCUUCUGGUCCAAAAGUCAACAACACUGCGGUCGGAAUCCAGCACAUGAAGUCUUCCCCCAUGUUACUCUCUGCCACUUCUUCACAUGUGAAGACUGUAAAAUGGAGAAUUUGUACGAAGCACUAAAGAAAGCAGGGGACAAGUUUGCUGGCUGUUUCCCAACCUGCCUCUAUCUGAGACUUCACUCAAGCCCCAGUUAUGUCGGAUACUUCUUUGAUGAAACAAGUGCUGACAUCAUCAAACAAUUUGGACUUGCCUUUGCAGCAGAAGCAAGAGCCUUGGCAGAUUGUCAGAUUGAUCUCUACAACAAACAACUGCACCUGACACUCUCUCACAAGUUCCAGGUCCAACAGCAGUGGAAACUGGAGGAACUUGCUCAGUCAAUCAAACUGGGGGUUACCUGUCAGUGGACAGCAGCUCUUUAUUCCAGAGACAUGCGAUUUGUACAUUAUAAGGUUGCACGUACACUCUAUCCUUACUUACCACAGAAUGAUGAUGAAUUGAAACUGAAUUUCAGCGAUUAUGUCUUCCUGGACCCCACAAACCAGCAGGACGUGAGUGAAGGCUGGGUCUGUGGAACUUCUCAUCAGACGGGAAGGACUGGCCUUCUGCCUGAGAACUACACAGAGCGAGGGUAUGAAUCAGACACCUGGGUCAGGCACAGGACGUAUGCUUUUUGUCAGACGCUUGUGAGAGCAUCCACAAAUAUUUCUGAGCAUAGCACUUCCUCUUCACAAAAUGGAACGAUUCCAUCCUCAGAGCCACGAGGAACAAACAGUAUUCAUAAACUUCUCAAGUCACAGUUGAUUGAAGCAGCCACCUUGAGGAGGUGUGUUCUGACGAUGCGACAUGCUGAGAGAGUUGACCUGGUGUUUGGCAAGUCUUGGUUAACACAGUGCAUGACCACUGAAGGGAGAUAUAUCAGACCAGAUUUAAACUUCCCUCACAGUAUCCCCCAACGAGCUGGUGGUACCAAGGAUUAUGAACAUGAUGCUCCCUUGUCAUCCUGUGGAAUAUUCCAGUCUCGGUUAAUGGGUGAAGCGGUUCAAGAACAGGAACUGAUGAUCCAAUGUGUCUACUCAUCUCCUGCUCUGCGAUGUAUCCAGACAGCUCACUACAUCCUUGAAGCUCUUCACCUUGACCCUGAAGUGAGUAUCCGAGUGGAACCCGGCCUGUUUGAAUGGACCAAAUGGGAAGGUGAACAGACAAUCCCAAAGUUCAUGUCUGUGACUGAACUCCAAGCAGCAGGGUACACUGUGGAUGUCAAUUACAGUGUCCAUAUUCCUGUCUGCAAUCUGGUUCCAUCAGAAACAUAUGAAGACUACUUUAAUCGAUGUUCUUCGGUAAUGAAAGCAAUUAUAGACAACAGGGAUAAAGAUGGAAAUAUUCUGCUGGUGGCCCAUGCUUCAACCCUGGAUUGCUGCACCCGCCCUUUGCUGGGGCUACCUCCAAAGGACACCAAGGAAUUUGUCCAAAUGGUUCGAAAGAUUCCUGCUCUUGGAUUAUGCUGCUGUGAAGAAGUCAAAGAAACAAAGAAAUGGCAAAUGAUUGAACCCCCCAUCAGGACACUGACUCAUGGACCCAACGCAGCUUUUAAUUGGAAAGAUACCAUCUUACAAGUUUAA